AUGGCCUAUAACUAUGCCCAACAACACACCCAGUACCAAGCUCAGACUACUCCAGACUCUCUACUCGCUUCGUACUUUGCUGCAGUAGAUGUGGAUAGGUCUGGAUCAAUAACGACAAAGGAACUUAAGCAAGGUUUAAAGAAUGGCGACUGGACGCCUUUCAAUGACGAUACCGUACAGCUACUGUUUAACCUAUUUGAUACGGAUAGAAGUGGGUGCAUUGGAUAUCAUGAGUUUGCGGGGUUGUGGAGAUAUAUUGAAGAUUGGCGACGCGUGUUUAUUCAAGUCGAUCGCAAUAAGAGUGGUGCUAUAGAGAUGAGUGAAUUGAAACAGGCCCUUGUUUCUUUCGGAUUCAGCGUUAGUGAUCCUCUUCUUUACAAAAUUAUCAAAAAAUAUGAGAUAAGACACGGUUCCUCCGCUUCUCUUAAGCAUCACCAGCCAUACGGCCACGGACAUAACGAAGUUGCGGUGAACUUUGAUAACUUUGUACAGAUGUGUGUGACUAUAAGGACUCUGACUGAUGCAUUCAGAAAAGUUGAUUCCGAUCACGAUGGGUGGAUCCAAAUCGGUUAUGAAGGAUUAUUGAGUCUACUAGUGACGAAUAUGUGA